GACGACGUCGUUGUCCGCACAGCCACGGAGGACGCGGUAGACUGCGCUCAGAACAAAUGCCCGCCAGGCAUUCAGACAUACAUCACCUUGGGCACCGCGAGCGACCCCCCUCUUUGUUGGUCUUGUUCUCCGUCUCCGGUGCUGACCUCUACACCCAGGCAGGCCAGGUGCUCGUACCAAGUCGGCAAUUUUCAGACUGCCGUAACCCUCCCUCCAUAG